GUUGACUACUCCUUCAACUUGCUCUUCUCUGCGCCCAGCGCCCUGCAACACUUUGACCCUUACGCGGAUUUUCGUUACGAGUCGAUCCGCCACACUCGUCGUGCCGCACCAAUCACGUCGCCUGGGCCACGACGCGACCAUUUCCUAUUUUAUCCCUGUACACUAGUCUCGCCAUACUCGAGUCCUAUCGAUCACGCUCGAUCCCAACCCAUUGCCACUAGUGCUCUAAUAAUUCCAGACAUAUCGAACCCUCGACGACCAGCCCAUUUCGAGAGUUGGUCGCUACACCACACCACCCCAGCGGUCGCGCUCACGCCCUCCUACAUGAGCGACCUGAGAGAACGUCUCGCGCGAUUGGGACUGUCCCAAUACCACGAAGUGUUCACGGCCGAAGGCUUCGACACAUGGGAGACUGUGCUCGACAUAACAGAAUCCGACUUAAGUUCCCUAAACGUCAAGCUUGGACAUCGUAGAAAACUUCAACGGGCCAUCGCCGAAUCGCGCGGACAGUCUUCUGAUCGGCCCUUACCCAUCAGUCUUGCACGAGCUGGAAGCACUGCCGGCUCAUACCGCAGUGACGACUCAGGGCCAGAGGCCAAAGCCAAGCAGCCAGACUCUACCAACACUGCGCCCGGUGGCACAGGCGCAAAGCGAAAGUACCGGCGACACCCAAAGCCUGACGAACAUGCCCCCGAACGCCCACCAUCGGCUUACGUCAUCUUCUCAAACCAGGUGCGAGAGUCACUGAAGGGACAAGAUCUUUCCUUCACCGAGAUUGCCAAGGUAGUCGGUGAGAAAUGGCAGGUCUUGCCCGCCGAGGAACGCGAAGGCUGCGAACGACAAGCCAAUGGUGCAAAAGAGAAGUACUAUGCGGAACUGGCCGAGUACAAGAAGACGCCAAACUACGAGGCUUACCAGAAGUACCUUGAAGACUUUAAGGCGAAGCACUCGGUGCCUACUAAAGAAGGCAAACGUUCGAAACUGGAGUCCGAAACCAGUACUUCAACACGAGUAGGCAGCUACGAACAGAACGACCAAGCCACAAAUCGAGCAUUAAGUACUAUCCAGUCAGAUGCCCAAACAACACCGCAGCAGAAAUCGGAUCCCAUCCCGCUCAUUGGCUCUUCACGACUUCCAGCUGGUCCAGUUUAUUCCUCAACCUCAACGUCGCCGGCCAACCGCCCCCUUUCUGGCUUUACCUCUCCGCGCUCAGGCGAACAGUUCUCCCCCACUUCUGCCUCUCCACGGACCACUGGCAUGCAAAGAGAUGGUGCUUUUGAUUCAUCAGUACCCAACCCCAUUCGGGAUCCAAGGAUUCCUUUUGAUGCCAACCCAUAUCAUCAACCUUCUGCGUACAAUCUGGAUCUCCACCAGAAAAUCGCAUCCACACCACCGCCUUCAUAUCCUCACUCAGCUCACUACCAGGCGCCCAUCGACCUGCUUUCUCGUAGGACUCCGCGGGAAUCCGCGCGUCUUCCCCCUCUCAGCCACGAAGACACGACACUAUCAUCCGAGAGUGGUCAUAGCACGCAAGGAUCCACAGGGUAUCCUAUGACAGUUUACCCCGGGCAGACAUUACCUGCAGACCCGAGCAAAACGAUGCGCAUGCUUCCCCAACCGGUGCCUAGCAUGGGACCACUAGCUUCUCCAUUGGACCGGCCGAUGCCACCGAUACCUUCGUCCCACCUCUCACAUAAUUCCCACGAUUAUCGAAAUCAGGGAUCACUCGCCGUCCUUGUAAGAGCAGGAGAAAUAGCAUCAAGAGCAGCGGAUGACGACGUGAUGGAAACCGAAGGUUCGCCUUGAUUUUUUGAAUUUACAUCAAUGUUACAGUACACGAUAUGGUAGGAGCAUUCCACAUGGCUCGUUCCAGUGGACAGCAUGUGCUACAUGCGAGCAGCUGUAUCGCUGCACAACCUCAGUAAAGCCACGUUUGGCAUGCGUGUAUCGCACAUCAGCCCAGUAAGCAUACGCGGAGACGCUUUACGUUUUCAUAUGUUAU